GCUGCGUAUACGAGCUGUGACAACCCGCUGUGUGUGAGGAAGCUAAAGACACCUGCAGACGCCGGAAGCUCGCUCGUCCAGGUCGAGGCACAAACGCGCGCGCAGGGCAGCCGUGUUUUACCGCAGACAUCCUCCCCACCAGAGCGCUCCCUCCCUCCCGCCGAUGCGCUCCAUCCGUGCAUGAAUCUCUUCCGUUUGGCUUGCAGGGUUCAGGACACAAAACAAACACCGGGCGGCGGUAACGACGGAGUGCGGCGGACAGCCCUUCUGUGUGUGAGUGAACCCCAUCCCGCGUCUCCGCGCACCCGUUUGGCACCUCCUUCAGAAUGGCGUUAACGAUCUGCACGAGAUUCACCGACGAAUAUCAGCUGUUCGAGGAGCUGGGGAAGGGCGCUUUCUCUGUGGUCAAAAGGUGUGUGAAGAUCUCAUCUGGACAGGAAUUUGCUGCCAAAAUCAUCAACACCAAGAAGCUCUCCACCAGAGAUCAUCAAAAGCUGGAGAGAGAGGCGAGGAUUUGUCGUUUACUAAAGCACCCCAACAUCGUACGACUCCAUGAAAGCAUAUCAGAAGAGGGUUUCCACUAUCUGGUGUUUGAUCUGGUGACAGGAGGAGAGCUGUUUGAAGACAUUGUAGCUAGGGAGUACUACAGUGAGGCUGACGCAAGCCACUGCAUACAGCAGAUCCUGGAGAGUGUCCACCACUGCCACGUGAAUGGGAUCGUCCACAGGGAUCUGAAGCCUGAGAACCUUCUAUUGGCCAGUAAGCUGAAGGGGGCGGCGGUCAAGUUGGCUGACUUUGGGCUGGCUAUCGAGGUGCAGGGGGACCAGCAGGCAUGGUUUGGUUUCGCCGGCACCCCGGGCUACCUGUCUCCAGAGGUCCUGAGGAAAGACCCGUAUGGGAAGCCAGUUGACAUGUGGGCCUGUGGUGUGAUUUUAUACAUCCUGCUGGUGGGCUACCCUCCCUUCUGGGAUGAAGACCAGCACCGCCUCUACCAACAAAUCAAGGCUGGGGCCUAUGAUUUCCCGUCCCCCGAGUGGGACACUGUAACUCCUGACGCCAAAGACCUGAUCAACAAGAUGCUGACCAUCAACCCCAAUAAACGCAUCACUGCCACCGAGGCCCUCAAACAUCCCUGGAUCUGCCAACGGUCCACUGUAGCCUCCAUGAUGCACAGGCAGGAGACGGUGGAGUGCCUGAAGAAAUUCAACGCCAGGAGGAAACUCAAGGGAGCCAUUUUGACCACUUUGCUUGUCACAAGAAACUUCUCAGCAGCCAAGUGUUUGCUCAACAAGAAGGCGGACGCCGUGAAGGUCAACAACAAAGCCAACACAGUGACCAGCCCCAAAGAAACUGGCCCUGUCCCGGCACUGGAGCCACAGACAACUGUGAUCCACAACCCUGUAGAUGGAAAUAAGGAGUCCAUUGAGAGCGCCAACACCACCAUUGAGGACGAGGACGUAAAAGCCCGUCGUCUAGGCAGCUUAGUGAGCGGUAUCUUGAGCCGUUCCUCACAGAUGUCUGACUCGAGACUGACUCCCACCUCCUCAGUUCAUACCUGCACCAAUAACCAUAAAGCUCGCAAACAGGAGAUCAUCAAAGUUACCGAGCAGCUGAUCGAGUCUAUCAACAAUGGAGACUUUGAUACCUACGCGAAGAUUUGUGACCCUGGUCUAACUUCCUUUGAGCCCGAGGCCCUGGGCAACCUGGUGGAAGGACACGACUUCCAUCGAUUCUACUUUGAGAACGCUCUGUCCAAAGGGAACAAGCCAGUGCACACCAUCCUCUUGAAUCCACAUGUGCACCUCAUUGGGGAAAAUGCAGCGUGUGUUGCCUAUAUUCGACUGACCCAGUACUUGGAUACCAGCGGCAUGCCCCGCACCAUGCAGUCCGAGGAGACCCGUGUGUGGCACCGCCGCGACGGCAAGUGGCAGAACAUCCACUUCCACCGUUCGGGCUCGCCCAGCAUCCCCUCCCAUUAACGGAAUAUCGACAUGUGGUCAAAAAAAAAUAUCUCUAGUUGGACAGCCAACUAGCCAACCCCCAUGACUGCCCCCUGACCUUUGACCCAGGGACGUGAUGUUGCAGGAUACAAGUAUUAAUACAUUUUACUGUUAUGGCAUUUUAUUAAUGGACAUCAUUCGAAAUCCACCACCGGGUGGCUGCACACUGUAUUUGGACAUUAUGAACCGAGCAUAUUGACAUUCUUUUGUUUGUUUUUUAAGAUGUUUUGGUAUGCAUUUUAAAUAUAAAAUAGAGAUGUUUUAAAAUCUACUACUGUAACCUCUCCCAAAAAUUAGUUCUUUAUUUUUACGUGUAUUUAUGUGUUUGCAAUACGGAAACAUUUGGAAGAUCAGAAUGUUAAAAUUUAGCUUGCUUUAGUUCUGGUUGAUAAAAAAACAAACAUUGAAAUUUGAUAUUCUUGCUAUCAGAGGAAAUAAGAGUUUACGUAAAAUCCAGUUUAUGAGCUACAUUUAUGUUUGCUAUGAGCUAAGUCAUACUGUUUGAACUGUCAGAUUUCAAUCUAUAAUACUAAUUAAGUGUAAAGAAAAGCAUAGCAGCUUACACUUUGCAUCGAGAUAUGUUUGCCUUUAUAUCAGUGAAAUAAGAAAUAAGAGAAUGUAGCAUAUAUGUAAUAUAUGAGAAUUUAGGACUAUUGUGUAGUGCAUGGGGGAGGGGGGGAAUAAUGCAAGUAAGAUCAUAUGAAACUAUAAUAUCUUCUGUUUGAUUUGUGAAUCACUGACUUGUUUGUUUGCGUUUGUUAAUGUUGUGCAUCCAUCCCGUCCCAGAUCUGUCUUAUGUCCUCCAGUAUCAUAGAAGUGUGGCUAAAACCAUAACACGGUUAUGGUUAACAUCCGGCGUAAAUAUCAAAAACCUCAUAUCGAAGAGGAGGUAAAAUAAACUCCCGAUUGCUGAAGCACCCCCCCUUACAUUUUGUAUAAAAAUGAGGAGAAGAAAACACAUUUUUCAUAAUGUUUGUACUUGUAUUGUUCGACUGUAUGUAUAGGGUUUCUGUUAUUUUACUCUUCGUCAUUUCCAGUGUGUUACUCAGCCAAUUGCACAGAGAAGGCGGAGGUGAUGAAGACGGCUCAAAGGCACUCUAUUCUCCACCUCCAGGUUGGGCCAAUAAGUCUGGAAGAGCACUGGACUGAAGAACAUUGCAGUCAGAGGAGGAUGGUGGGAAAGUGGAAUGAGAGUUGGACUGUGAUACAUGUUGGGAUGUCUUCCUGAGGUCCAGUGCUUCUACCGCCGGUGGCCUCCUCGCAGCUGCGGGACAACGCCAGUGUCUUAGCCAUCCGUUCCGUUUGCUCUUUCCAAUUGGUCGGUCUCUUCUUUUGUAAGGGGAAAAUAUGGUAAACAUCUCUUUUGACGAAACAUAUGAUGUCAAUGCGGUACACCACUCCUUAUGUGGCGUGCACCUGUUGCCGGCACGGCAAUGGAUGGCUUAAGAUGUUUAAGAAAGAAAUAAAUCAGCUUAAAGGUGUGAUAAUGAA